AACAUUGCUCGAUGUCUUGCUUGAUUGAAAGUUCACAAAUGUCAAAAUCACAGUGAAAAGCAAAAAUUGAAAAUGGCGGAGAAAAAGCGAAAAAGUAAACGUAAAGAUGAGUAUAUUCCUCCAGGUGAAGAGGCUUUGGAUAAGCCUACAAAGGAAGAGUUUAAAAUAGCAUCAUGGAUGCGAAAAAAUGUGCCCAUAAAGAAAACAAAAUUUUUGAAUCAUAAUGUUGAAUAUUUUACUGGAAAAAGGGCUGUUGAUGCUCUUUUGGAGUCAAAUUAUGCUAAAGGAGACAAUCCAUUGUUUCAUACGAGAGAAGACAUUGUAAAUUAUCUGCAUAUACUUUUAGAACAUAAGUUUUACCAUCGUGCUCGUAAAGUUCCAGUAUCUGAACAAGAACUUAAGGCAAAAAAGAGUAUUAAAAAGAAGGAACAGGAAUCUGGAGAUGAAGAGAAAAAAUCAAAAGAAAAGGAACAAAACAAAGGCACUGAUGCUGAGAACAGUGUAGCAGAAGGGAAGGAUGCUUCUGAAAAGCCAGAGAAGGAAAAACGGAAGAAGAAAAUUAGGCUCGAUAUGCACAAAGAUCAGAGGUUUGUGGAUAGUUUGGACGCAUAUGUCUGGAUUUAUGAUCCGAUUCCAUUUUAUUAUUGGAUUAUUGGUACUCUUUUAGUGUUGGGUGCUAUCGGAGUAUGUCUGUUUCCAUUGUGGCCACCAUCAGUCAGAUUGGGCGUGUAUUACUUAAGCGUUGCUGCAGCUUGUAUCCUUGUAUCCAUUAUUGUUAUGGCAGUAAUCCGGUUCAUACUCUUCUGUUUGAUAUGGAUUGUAACUCUUGGCAGGCACCACUUAUGGAUUUUACCUAAUUUGACGGAAGAUGUUGGAAUCUUAGCUUCCUUCUGGCCUCUAUACAAAUAUGAAUACAGGGGUCCCGGAUCAUCUAGUGCAGAUAAAAAGAAGAAGAAGAAAAAGAAAGAUAAGGAUUCGGAUGCCGAAGAAGACAAAGAAUCAGAAGAUGGCAAAGAGAAAUUGGAGAAGGGCGUGGAAACUCUCGGCAGUGAAGAAGGAAAAAAAUUACUUAGUUCUUUGGAUGAUAAUCAGCUGGAAAAUGAGGAUGGCGCUGGAUCGGAAAGCGAAACGGAAUCUAAAUCAAGUACCGGCAAAGAUUUUGAAAUUGUUGACCAUAACGAACUGGAGGAGUCUUAAAUAAAACUAGGGUAAUAUUAGGAAAUUAGAGAUAAAUCGAUAAUACUGGUUGGAAACUAUAUGUAUGUUUUAUUUUGUUAAAGUGAAAUAUAAAUUUUAUUAACGAACUAUUCAUUUUACCACAUUGAAUAUACAUACCUUGACUUAGCACCUUCUAAAGUUACACAUAAAAUUUAUAUAGAAAUAUGUAAUAUUUAUAUGGGGUUUUUUUGAGGUUAUGGAACAGAAAAGUGUUAGAUUUUACAUGGAAUAUAUAAUAGUCAGAUUAUAUAUUAUUAUAUGUUAAAGAUAAGCCGCACGCAUAUUUUAUUUUAACAGAUUCGCGUUUUAAAUGUUUUUGUAUAUUUUUCUAGUUUAAAGAUCUGAGAGGUAUUGAAAUAAUGCGCUUUUUAGUAUAAAUUGCAUUUAUUUUUAUCUUUGUAGUAAUCUAUUUCAGUUUUUAGUUACAUGAAAAUAUAUUAAAAUAAAAUUAUAUAAACUGC